AUGCUUAUCAAGGUGAAGACUUUGGUCGGCAAGGAAAUUGAAAUAGAUAUCGAUCAAACCGACAAAAUCGAACGAAUAAAAGAGCGAAUCGAGGAGAAGGAGGGUAUUCCACCUCCUCAACAGCGUCUCAUUUUCUCUGGGAAACAAAUGAAUGAUGAAAAGACUGUAAAUGACUACAAAAUUCAAGGUGGAUCAGUACUUCACUUGGUCCUCGCCCUAAGAGGUGGUCGGAAGCAGUGA